AUGUCCGAUUUACACACGAUCCUCAUCACGGGCGCAUCAGGCUACCUCGGCGGCAGUCUCCUCGCGCAAUGGUCCCGCUCCUCUCUCCCGCCAUACAAACGUUUGUUAGCACUCGUCCGGACUGAGGAGCAAGCGUCGGCCGUGAAGCGAGAAUACGGCGCAGAGGCGGAGCCCAUCGUCUUCGACACAAAGGACGAAAAGGCCGUUCGCGCCGCCGUGCUCGACAACCAGAUCAGCAUCGUGUUCUUCCUGGUCGAUGCCAUGACGGCCCAGGCGCAGGGGUAUUUUAUCAGUGCGCUGGCGGAGCUGAAGGGCAGGACGGGGGUUGAUGUCCAUUUUCUGCAUACCAGCGGCGCAAAGAUCUUCUCCAGCCACGCCGGCGCCCCGACCGAUCGCCCACUACUCGACACAGACCCGGACCUAUACGAGAUUCAAAAGGCGCAGAAAGCCCCGAUCCCUCUGAUACAGUCUGCCGUCAACACGAAUAACACAGUCAUCGAACAGGCCGAGUCGCUCGGCGUGCACAGCUACAUAUUUGUGCCGUGCAUUGUGUACGGGCGAGGCGAAGGGUUCGGAAACCGCAUCUCGAUCCAAACGGUCGCCAUCGUAAAGGCUGCUCGGGCCUUGAGGCGCGUGUACAGUGUCGAUGACGGGAGUCCUGCCUGGCCCGUAUGCCACGUCCACGACAACACGACGCUCUACCUCGCCCUCCUCCGCGGGAUCCUCGCCGGCGGCACAAAUCGUCCCGGAAGUGGAAAGAAUGGGUACUACCUCGCCUCGUCGGGCCAUGUGGCGUGGGAGAGCCUGUACGCGGCCAUGGCGGCGCGGCUGGCGCAGCGUGGCGUGGUCGAUGAGGGAGGUAAGGUCGAGCGCGCGACGCCGCAGACGCUGGAAGCCAUGGGCAAGGCGUUGGGGUGUCCGGCUGAGUUUGUGGCGUUGCAGCUUGGUGGACGAUGCACAUUCACCCCCCGCCACGGCGAGGAAGCACUCGGCUGGAAACCGCGGUAUCCCGCACAACAUAUCCUCGACACGGCGGGCGACGAGGUAGAUCUGAUUCUCGAGAAUUUGGGGGAAUGA